AAACGUAAACAUAAGCUUAAAAGAUUGGUUCAGAGUCCAAAUUCAUAUUUUAUGGAUGUAAAAUGUCCAGGUUGCUUUAGUAUUACAACAGUAUUUAGUCAUGCGCAAACUGUAGUUUUAUGUGGGUCAUGUGCUAAUGUUUUAUGUCAACCAACUGGUGGACGUGCCCGUUUAACUGAAGGUGCUGCUCUUUGUCAAGUAUUCGAUUCUAUAUAUAAUGAUGUACAAAUGAGUAAAACUAAAUUUAACGCAAGACACGAGUAUGAAUAUGUUGCAAAUUUUAAAGUAUUACAGACAGCUUUCGAUAAACAUAAAAUUGAUAAGAUGAUACCAGUUGAACGUCUUGUUAAAUGCAAAUUCCAAGAUAAUCUUGAAUUUUUGCAAUGGGUAAAGAAAUAUUGGGAUACUUAUUAUCCAGGUGGAUCCUAUGAUGCUGUUGCCAGACGAGGACCUGGUACGGGAGGUCCUAUCAAAACAGUUGCAGGCGGUGGUUCUUCUAGAACUAUGCCUAAAAAACCUGCUGCUAGUAGUUCAACAUCAGCUGGUCGUUCAAUGGGCGGGGGUGGAUUAAUCGAUAUCGUACAAUCUUCUCCGAUGUUAAAUGACUUAAAUAAACAAGUUUCUGAAUUGAAGGGUGCUGUAGACGGUCUUGAAAAAGAAAGAGAUUUUUAUUUUGGUAAACUUAGAGAUAUAGAAAUUUUGGUUCAACAACAAAUUGACGUUGAACCUGAUAAUCAAUUAAUGAAAGACAUUCAAGCUAUCCUUUACAGCACAGAGGAUGGUUUUGAAGUUCCACCUGAAGGUGCUCAGACAGAGGGUGUCGAAUACGAAGAUGAAACUUUUUAA